UAGUUCCAGUUCUAGUCCCAGUUAGAUCCUCUGAAGGAAUGAACUGACUGUGCGAUUUUUCCUGCUGCGUUUCUGGAUCUGCAGGCCGACCCGACCCGACCAUCACCGACCAUCAUGUAUCAUCAGUAACGAUUUUAUCAAACAGCUUUUGGAGAACAUCUGGGACUAAAUCAUCUCCUCAAGACCAUCCUGCACCGAGCCUCAUCAAUCAGGUUGGUGACGAAGAAUCUGAGGUUAAAAAUCCGACGCUGCUGCAAAGAUGAGCGAGCUGGAGCAGCUUCGACAGGAGGCCGAGCAGCUGAAGAACCAGAUACGAGAUGCAAGGAAGGCAUGCGGUGACUCCACCCUUACUCAGAUAACGGCAGGACUGGAUUCGGUGGGCAGGAUUCAGAUGCGGACCAGGAGGACACUGAGGGGGCAUUUAGCCAAAAUCUACGCCAUGCACUGGGGCUCUGACUCCAGGCUGCUGGUCAGUGCUUCACAAGAUGGUAAACUCAUCGUCUGGGACAGCUACACCACCAACAAGAUCCACGCCAUCCCGCUACGCUCAUCCUGGGUGAUGACGUGCGCCUACGCUCCGUCCGGAAACUUCGUAGCCUGCGGCGGCCUGGACAACAUCUGCUCCAUCUACAGCCUGAAGACCCGCGAGGGGAACGUCCGAGUCAGCCGGGAACUGUCCGGACACACCGGUUAUCUCUCUUGCUGUCGCUUCAUCGAUGACAAUCAGAUCAUCACCAGUUCAGGAGACACGAUCUGCGCUCUGUGGGACAUCGAGACGGGACAGCAGAUCACCGUGUUCUCGGGACACAGCGGGGACGUCAUGAGCCUGUCCCUGUCCCCGGAUCUGCACACCUUUCUGUCGGGCGCGUGCGACGCCUCCAUUAAACUCUGGGACAUCAGGGACAGCAUGUGCAGGCAGACGUUCACCGGCCACGAGUCCGACAUCAACGCCGUGUGUUUCUUCCCCAGCGGCAGCGCCUUCGCCACCGGCUCGGACGACGCCACGUGCCGCCUGUUCGACCUGCGGGCGGAUCAGGAGCUCGGCCUUUACUCGCACGAUAACAUCAUCUGCGGCAUCACGUCGGUGGCGUUCUCGCGCUCGGGGCGCCUGCUGCUGGCCGGCUACGACGACUUCAACUGCAACAUCUGGGACGCCAUGAAGGGAGACCGAGCGGGUGUGUUGGCCGGCCACGACAAUCGGGUGAGCUGCCUCGGGGUGACUGAAGACGGCAUGGCGGUGUGCACCGGCUCCUGGGACAGCUUACUCAAGAUCUGGAACUGAUACCCCAAAAAAUGGCAACACGCCAGUCACGCCCAUCGUCACACACCGUACGCCUUUCACUGUACAUACACAGUCCUGUGCAAAAGUUUACACCCCCCUCGAACCCUCGACCAAAUGCUUGAGCAGACCAUUAAGGGUUAAAUCUGUUCACAAACUGCCGAGUCCCUAAACCAUGCUGGACUCCGACCCCCCAGGGGGAAAUUUAUGGAAGCCUGAUUUUAAGAACACAGUUUGAGCCGGGGGGUGUAAACUUUUGCACACGACUGGACCUGCACAUUGUACAUAAGAUGCUACGAUGCCGUUCGCUUUAUGUACAAGGCAGCACCAGGUUCGACUCGCUGGAGCUGAAUGUGAAUGUUCUUUUUUCCACACAAACACAUGAAUGACCUGUACAUGAUCCGCCAGGACUUUACCACCAUGUAGGGCGGUGUGAAAAAGUAAUCACCCCCCCGUUCUGAUUAUAUGUUAGAUUUCUUGUACUGAUCGACGCCAGACAAAAAGAACACGAGUCAAAACACGACCUUUUGUAAAACCGUUUUAUUUAUUUCAAGGAUUCUUGAGGUUUUAUUUCAAUCUGGUUUAUUUAAUUCAUGUUUUUAUUUAAUCCACGUCCCUCAGAUCACAAAAAUAAAAGACAAUUGAAAUAAAAA